AUGAGUAAAAGCAAAGGCAAGGGCCGUCUCGCCAGCAGUGGCAGCGCCGCUUUUGCCAGUGCCGGGCGCAGUGGCUUUGGCGGCGCAUUCUCGACUUCCUCCACCACGAACCUGUCCUACCUCUCCGAAAUCCCAGACUUCUCGAGCAUAUCAGACGCCAAUGUCGUCGUUUCUUUCAAGAACGUCCUCAAGAAGGACAGCACUACAAAGGCAAAGGCGCUGGAAGACCUCUUGCAAUAUGCCUUAGAACACCCUUACGAGCAGGGCGGCGGCGUGGAGGAAGCUGUCCUCGAUGCAUGGGUUCAAUUGUAUCCUCGUACCUCAAUAGACAACUCGCGCCGCGUCCGCGAGCUCAGCCACUCACUGCAGCUCGAUCUGAUGAAGUCGGCACGAAAGCGUAUGGAGAAACGCCUGACGAAGAUCAUCGGAGCCUGGUUGGCCGGCACCUUCGACAAGGACCGCAUCGUCGCCCGCGCAGCUUCCGAUGGGCUCUCGUCCUUCCUCACCACCGAAGAGAAGACCCGACAGUUGUGGAGGAGGUGUCAGCCUCAGAUCUUGGAAUACGCGACCGACGCCGCCAAAGAAACCCCCGAUACCCUGAGCGACGAGCGAUCCACCUCGAAGGACGACGCAGAUGCAAAAUACUACAGGGUGCUCAGUGGAGCGUUGUCGGUGGUGCUGGGACUGUUGCAGAAGCUUGACAGCGAAGAUGUCGCCAAGAGCCAGGAUGACUAUGACAACUUCUUCUCUGUGGAAGCAGUGUGGGCGAGCAUCACCGCGCCGGAUCCCCAUGCGAGGAGGACGGUCUUGCAAAUGAUUCUACUUCUCCUCGAGAAGCAUGAGAGCUUCCUCGCCGCCCACCUGCCUCGGACCGGCAAGUAUCUCAUUGCGGAGGGGCUGAAGAGCAGUCAGAUUGGCUCCGCCAUGGAUUUCGUCAAGGUCCUUACCAUCAUGACCGAGCGGCAUCCUGAGAUCUGGGGCGAGAAGAAGCAGCCAUUCAUGCGACUCCGCCCACUCCUCGAAAAGGGUUCACAAGGUAGCCCGGCGACCGCGGCAGGCAAUUACUGGAGAUCGCUGGACCAGCUGCUUGCUGUCAUACCGCAAAAGACAGUAACUGCAGAAGCAGCUGCAGAAGUCAUCAAAGCGCUGCGGAGUGGGAUCUGCGGACGAGAAGAACCGAGAGCGAAUGCCGUGGAUGCAUGGACCGUGUACCUGACGACGAUCCGACGACUUGCUGACAUCGUGGAAGGCGACGGGGCACAAGUCAAGCUCUUCCGGGACCAGGUCUACCCCCUAAUCGACCACUACAUGCAUCCGAGCCCUGACAGGUCUGCGUGGACUGGCGGGACACACCUUGCAGUCCUGUCGCGUGCCUUUCUUCUCGUCUCCCGAUCGCCGCAUCCGGAUGCAGCCUCAUCAUUUGAAGCCGAGUGGGCACGGCUAGCCCAGCACCUCGUCGCAAAGAUGUCCAACUCCCUUCCGGAAGUCUCAAAGGACUAUCAGAAGUCCCAGUCGGAGCUUGCAGAGGAGGGUGGUCGAUGGUUCGCUCUAGUGGAAGCCAUCCAUCAGGACUUGAGCAAGAUCCCUAGCUCGGCAGGUAAGGGACCAGGUUCGAGUGACCUUGUCGAUGUUCCCUCCAUCAAGAUUCUCGAAGCGGCGUUGGACCUUCUCGAAAAGCGGAACUACAAACCGUUCGGAGCUGCAGCGAUUCUGAGCGCGGCAUUCACGCGCACACCUUCACUGAUGGAGGAGAAAGGCAAGGCUGUGGCAGUCAACAUCUUCCCACUGGACGACCCCGACCAAGUCAGCCGCUUGCUUGCUUCACCAUCAGUGUCAUACCUUUUGACGGCGCUGGAUGCACUCGGCCGUACGAAGACGCUUACGGAUCAGUACACCUCCGCGUGGAAAACUGCUGUUCGCUCUCUCGUCAAUCAAAGCGCAGACACAGAUAUUUCAAACCACAUCACACAGUUGCUUGCCAACCAGACGGCCACGCCUUUGGCUCGCGACUGCCAGCCGCUUCAAGCCUAUCUUCAAAGUCAGCUAUUACAAUGCGCUUCAGGAAAGGUCGAUUCAUGGUCGCUCUUUGAAACCUCGUUUACCUUUGACAGCCUAUUGCCAGCAACGAGUGAAGCCUUGGUAGGAAGCAUCGUGGCCGCCUUCGGGAAAGCUGGAUCAAGUACGGAAUCAUUAGCGAGAUCUCUGCAGAUCAUCGCAGCGAAGAAACCCGAGCUUCUUUCUGGAGAUGCGGUGCAUCUUGACCUAGUCGCGAAGCUUCUGGCGGCUAUGGAAGUUGCGGAUAGCUCUGCAAAAGUCAGUCUUGCCACGUUGAGGACAUUGGUAGAGAAAUCACCCACGGCAGAGGGAGAAAUGCCGAUGGUCAAGAUCAUACAGGACAACCUCGAUGACGUCGGCCCGGGGUCCCUGGAGAUUGAAACCUUGGUUGAGCAGGCCCUCAGUGUCAGCAAGCAAGAUUCAGUGGAGCCUGACAGCCUCCUUCCCAACACCAAUGUCUGGAUGGACGAGCUUCUCGGGGUUCUCGAUGAGCUCGACCUUUCUCUCUCUCUUACCAGUAACCUCGGUGAUGCUUACUUCCUGGCGCAAGGAACGAGAGCCCGGCCAGCACAGAUCAAACGUGACCGCAAUGGUUACUCAAUACCGAUUAGAAUGGCCAUGUAUGCCACACGUAUGCUUACGUCCGGGUUUCAGCUAUCGUCUUUGCCUCAGAGCCUGCAGGUUGAGCUGAUCUACUUGUUGUAUCUGGUGGCUGAAAUCGGAUCGGAUCAAGUAGCGAUAGCUACCAAUAACAAACUCUGGAGCUCCCUGGCGCAGCCUGACAGUCUGGCCGAUGCGGAAGACCUGAUCUCGGAGACUCGCAAAGUGCUAAAUGCGGUGAUUGGCGCUGCGUUAAAGGCACCCGAGGGCGAAGCUCUGGUCGAUGGAGUUGUGAACAUCAUGAUUUCGCAGUGCACGCAGCUUGCUCCGAUUGCUGUCUACAGCGCCAGAGCAUUGAGUCUCGUCUUCCAAUCUCUGAUUGAGGACCGUGGGUUUACGUCGAAGGAGGAGGCACGCAUUACGAAUCUUGACAUAAUGAAAGCGACUCCUUCGACUGUCAUGGCAGCAGCAGCGGUGUUUUCUGGCUAUGGCGAGAUGCUCGCAUCAUCCAAAAUGAUCAGCACCCUCUGCAAUAGGCUCGUUAGCGACGUGGCCGGAGCAGACGCUUCUUCUCCAAAGACCCUGCUGGUGCUUGUCCUGCUCAAUGCCUGCAUGUCGGUGUACGAGGUCGGCGAGUUGCCUGUGGCGAACAAUCGUCUAGUCUUUGCAGUGCGGCAGAUCACGGGAUGGUUUGACGAGCCGGAGAAAUUAAGCGCCAAGCUGGCUGUGGAGAGCUGCCGAUCACUACAGCGACUACUGCCGUGCAUCAAAGAUGUCUACGGUCCUUACUGGGAGAAGACGGUAGAAUUUUGUCUCUCCCUCUGGACCAAGGCUGCCCAGGACCAGCAGAGCACUCGCCUGCCAUAUAUCCACGCUUCUCUCAAGCUACUGUCUACCCUGGACUCCAUCCACGAACCAAAUGACGACCUCGAGGAAGCGUUGCAGAGCCUCGCAGAGCUGAGGUCUGCCGGUAUGAUCAAUCUUCUUGGUCUCGUCAGCGACCGGGCUACGCAGCCCCAAGAGAUUGUCGACACGAUACUUUGCCGCCAAGUGGAGAAGAUCCCUCUAGAACACAUCAAGGACUUGUCGAACCUGUACAGCCUCGUGGCGGCGGACUCGAGGGAUAUCCAGACCGCCGCCUACCACCUUCUCAGCCGCGCCCUGCCAGCCGCCCAGGAGCAGCUGUCUCUUGAUGUUCUCUUGGACAAAAAAGAUGCCCAACUUCCGGACGAGCUCCUCUCCCUCCUGCUCGAUGCGCCGACGAUCGACGCCUACCCAGACGAGGUGCUCGCCAGCUUCCCUGCGGCCAUCCGCUCCUACCUCCUUACCUGGCACCUCAUCUUCGCCGCCUACCGCACGGCGUCCCUCAAGGUGCGCAACGACUACACGGAGAACCUUAAGAGCGCCAACUACGUGUCGCCGCUGCUAGAUUUUACUUUCGACGUGCUCGGCCACUCGGCCGCACACCCACUCAACCUCGACAAGCACGGCUUCGGGCCCGAGAGCAUCACGGCCUACGACAUCAAGCUCGCCGACACCGAGACCGAGGAGCGCAACAUGCAGUGGCUGCUGGUCAAUGUGUACUACCUCGUGCUCAAAUACGUGCCCGGACUCUUCAAGGCGUGGUACCUCGACUGCCGGUCCAAGCAGACGCGGAUCGCGGUCGAGAGCUGGACGGCCAGGUACUUCUCGCCCAUCAUCAUCGGCGAGAACCUGGACGAGGUGGCGCAGUGGGCCGCGGCCCAGGAGGCCCCCGCGGACGACGACGAGCGCGAGCUGCUGGUCAAGGUGAGCAGGCUGGCGCGCGAGGUGGUGGCCGGGUACGAGGUGGACGAGCUGCAGGCGUCGAUCGCGAUCCGGGUGCCGCAGAACUACCCGAUCGAGGGCGUGACGGUGGUGGGCAACAACCGCGUGGCGGUCAACGAGAAGAAGUGGCAGAGCUGGCUGAUGAGCACGCAGGGCGUGAUUACCUUUUCC